CCCUGUCGGCCUACUUGUUGUUGUUUAUUCUUUGUUGUUGAACCCGACGCUGUUUGUAUCCUCUUGAUCCAAAGUUUUGUCGCUCUUCGACACGGGGAUGUCGUACGGCUAUUCUGGCGGGUACGGUGGGCAGCCACAGCAACAAUAUCAGGGAGGCUAUUACCAGCAGCCUCCACCACCGCAGAACUACACCAACAGCUAUCCUUCCCAGAGCAGUGGCCACCCUCCAUACGGCUACAACCAGCAAGCUCCUCCCCACCAGUAUGGAGGGGGUUAUAACCAGGGCCCUCCCCCACCACAGCAGAACUCAUACAACAAUGCGCCACCACAAGGUCAAUAUGGCCGGCCACCUCCAAUGCCAACAGCCAACUCCAACUCCUGGGCUCACGGCAACACGAACGCGCCUAGGCCCCCACCCAGCGGUCCCCAAUCGUUCGGUCACGGCGCCCCCCAGAACUACCAAUUCAAGUACAGCACAUGCACGGGUAGACGGAGAGCACUCCUGAUUGGCAUCAAUUACUUCGGCCAGCGAGGCCAGCUCAGAGGCUGCAUCAACGACGUUCGGAACAUGUCGGCAUAUCUCGUAGAGCAUUUCAACUACAAGCGAGAGGAUAUGGUCAUCCUAACAGACGACCAGCAAAAUCCCAUGAGCCAACCAACAAAACAAAACAUACUUCGUGCCAUGCACUGGCUCGUCAAAGAUGCGAGACCCAAUGACUCUCUAUUCUUCCACUACUCGGGUCAUGGUGGACAGACGAAAGACCUCGAUGGUGACGAGCCAGACGGGUACGAUGAGGUGAUAUAUCCGGUGGAUUUCCGUCAGGUCGGCCAUAUCACCGACGAUGAGAUGCACCGAAUCAUGGUUCGGCCGCUCCAGGCAGGCGUUCGGCUUACGGCAAUCUUCGACUCCUGCCAUUCAGGCACUGCCUUAGAUCUGCCGUACAUCUACUCCACUCAAGGAGUGCUCAAGGAGCCCGACUUGGCGAAGGAGGCGGGUCGCGGCCUUCUGGGCGUGAUCCAGUCUUACAGAGGUGGCGAUCUUGGGGGCGUCAUGAAGAACGCCUACGGAUUCUUCAAGCAGGCCACCAAUGGCGAAGACGCCUACAAUCGAUCAAUGGCUACAAAGACGUCCGCCGCCGACGUGAUCAUGCUCUCUGGGAGCAAAGACGACCAGACAUCGGCCGACGCAACAAUCGCGCAGCAAUCCACUGGUGCGAUGUCCUGGGCUUUUAUCACCGCGCUGAAGAAGCGGCCACAGCAAAGCUACGUCCAACUUCUCAACAGCAUCAGGGACGAGCUCGAGCCCCGAUACUCCCAGAAGCCGCAGCUCUCGUGCAGUCAUCCACUGAACACGGACCUCCUCUUUAUCGUGUAACGAUAUUCAUGUACGAAAUUGAGUAAAAUGACUUGCAUGUGC